CACACAUGCAAUGAAGUGUUGCUGGAAUAUUAUCAUACUGCAUUUUCAUUUGUCCUGAUACUGUCACCACCUCCACAUACAAACACAUAGGUAAACACAAAUGUACAGAAAACUGUUAAGGAUAGGCCGAUCUUUAAAAAAACGAAUCGUGAAAAAUGAAAACAGACGUGCAAGCGCUUAACUUGUAAAUCACUACAUCAGGCUCCGCACACGCAAGUGUGGUUUAUCUGUUUUCAGCUUUGAUAAACACUUGAUGCUGUGUUACCCCGAACUCUCCACAGUUGUCUGAAUGUGUUUAGAAUUAACUGUCAAAAUGGUGUCUUGCUAUCAACUAAGUGAUUCUUAUCUUCACAUAGUGCAAUUCCCCUGCCACAAUAAUAUAUAUUAAUACCAACCAGUCAGUCAGAUACUAACAGACGUUUCUUCCGUGUGUGUGUGUGUGUGUGUGCAUCUACUCCAGAGACCAUUAUGUGAACAGGCUUAUCUUGGAUGUGUCUACCAUUCUUACUCUCAGGGGGGCAGUUGCUCCUGAAAAAAUCCAAAUACUCCUCAGAAAUUUUGAUAAGUGUGUUGUUUCUGUGUGAGAGUGUGUGUAAGUGUAGGUUGACAACCGGUGAUCGGUCGGUGACAAGCUCAGGUUUCCCAUCACGCCAUCCUUCUGGAGGAAAAUGGCCUCAUUAUCAAUCCAUCCAUCCAUCCAUCCAUCAUCCAUCCAUCUUGUCCCAGUCAUCUCAGCAGAGAAGCAGGAAUAACUCAGCUCCUCAUUAACUGCUGUAACCAUCAUACAUAUGAUAUUGCUACCAUGCAGUUGUGUGCGAACAAACUGGAUAAGAAAGACUUUUUUGGCAAGUCAGACCCUUUCCUGGUUUUCUACCGGAGUAACGAGGAUGGAACGUUCACCAUCUGCCAUAAGACAGAGGUGAUUAAAAACACACUGAACCCAGUGUGGCAGCCCUUCACCAUCCCUGUUAGAGCUCUCUGCAAUGGCGACUAUGACAGGACUGUGAAGGUAGACGUCUAUGACUGGGAUCGAGAUGGAAGCCAUGACUUCAUCGGCGAGUUCACCACCAGCUACAGAGAGCUGUCCCGGGGGCAGAACCAGUUCAAUGUCUAUGAGGUUUUAAAUCCCAAGAAGAAAGGCAAAAAGAAGAAGUACAUCAAUUCUGGAACUGUAACUCUGCUGUCCUUCAAAGUGGAAUCUGAGUAUACCUUUGUGGAUUUUAUCCGGGGAGGAACACAACUGAACUUCACUGUAGCUAUAGACUUCACAGCAUCCAAUGGUAACCCAUCCCAGCCCACCUCCCUCCACUAUAUGAGUCCCUACCAGAUGAAUGCAUAUGCCAUGGCCCUGAAAGCAGUAGGUGAGAUUAUCCAAGACUACGACAGUGACAAGCUCUUUCCUGCCUAUGGCUUUGGAGCUAAGCUGCCCCCUGAUGGCAAAAUCUCACACGCCUUCCCACUGAGUGGUGACAAUGAUAAUCCAAACUGUGUAGGAAUAGAGGGUGUUCUGGAGGCUUAUUUUCAAAGUCUGAGGACGGUGCAGCUCUAUGGACCCACCAACUUUGCACCUGUUAUCAACAAAGUGGCAAACUGUGCAGCAGAGAUUACAGAUGGCUCUCAGUACUUUGUCCUGUUGAUGAUCACAGAUGGAGUGAUAUCUGACAUGGUCCAGACAAAAGAGGCUGUGGUCAGUGCGGCUUCACUUCCCAUGUCCAUAAUCAUCGUCGGUGUUGGGCCUGCUGAGUUCGAUGCUAUGGAGGAGCUGGAUGGCGACGAGGUGAGAGUAUCCUCCAGAGGACGUCUUGCUGAGAGAGACAUUGUACAGUUUGUUCCAUUCAGAGACUACAUUGACAGAUCUGGCAACCAAGUCCUCAGCAUGGCCCGGCUGGCUAAAGACGUCCUGGCCGAGAUCCCUGACCAACUGCUGUCCUUUAUGAAGGGUCGAGGAAUUGAACCGCGACCGUCCCUCUCGUCCUCACCGUUGCCGGAGCUACAUCGACAUAUGUGACCCUGACACAGCCACUCACCUCAGCCUCUACACUCUGAUUCACUCUAUCUCUUUUCCUUCCUACUUAUCCACACGCGCCUCUUGUGUAAUUAUUUGUCAUGUUAUAAGAACAAAAGGGUUUAUCCAAGACUUGCCCUCUUCCUCUUACCACAGAUCAAAUCAAGACAGCUGUGGCUCAUCCCUCACUCACCUGCUGCUCUUCCUCUUCUUUUCCUCCCUGACUUACCCCCAAAAUUUUCUUUUACUGUAUGAGAGAACAGUGAAACCGAACCCUGGGUGUCCCUCCCCUCUACACUGAGUUUUACUUUUUGUCUGCUAAUUCCCAUUUUUUGCAUUAAAGGUUUUAUUGGUCCUUGUCCUCAGCAAUAUUGACAAUUCUCACAGGAAGUGCAAGAUACUGCUGUGCAAGAAACAGGUGUUUUUGUUUAUAAACUGCUCAAAAUUUGACUAUGCCUCCACUUCGGAUCUGCUUCCUGAAGGCUGCUUCCUGAAGCAGAGAAGAAAGUCUAAGAUUACACCAACUGAACUUUAAUAUGAUUGAAGAAAUCAACAAAUGCAUUUCCGAACUUCAAUCAUGUAGUCUCCUGCCAGUGAAAUCAUC